AUGCCAACCGACGCCAUCACCAUCUCCGGUGUGACCAAGCGCUUCCGCGACAAGGUCGCCGUGAACAACCUGUCCCUCCGGGUGCCGACCGGCUCGGUGUGCGGCUUCCUGGGCCCGAACGGAGCGGGGAAGACGACGACCAUCCGCAUGGUCAUGAGCAUCUUCUACCCCGACGAGGGGAAGAUCCGGGUGCUCGACAAGGCGUCGGCGAUCGAAUCCAAGAACCUGAUCGGGUACCUCCCUGAGGAGCGCGGGGUGUACCGCAAGAUGAAGGUCGGGGCCUUCCUGCGGUACGUCGCGAAGCUCAAGGGGGUGACCGGGUCGCACCUGGACGAGCGCAUCAACGACUGGCUCGAGCGGGUCGACCUCCCGGGGGUGCAGAACAAGCGGUGCGAGGAGCUCUCCAAGGGCAUGCAGCAGAAGGUGCAGUUCCUGGGGACGAUCAUCCACGACCCGGACCUGAUCAUCCUCGACGAGCCCUUCUCCGGGCUCGACCCGGUGAACGUCCGCCUCGUUCGCGGGCUCAUCAACGACAUGAAGAAGGCGGGCAAGACGAUCAUCUUCUCCACGCACGUGCUCCACCAGGCGGAGCUGCUCUGCGACCGGGUCUUCAUGAUCAACAAGGGCGAGAAGAUCCUCGACGGCCCGAUGGAAGAGAUCCGCGAGCAGUUCAACCCGCGCACGAUCAUCGCCGAGCCGACCGCGCUCGAUUCGUCGCACCACGCGGCCCUCGGCGCGAUCCCGGGCGUCGAUUCCGUCACCGACCGCAACGCCGACGGCUUCGCGCUGCACCUCAACGAGGGCGCGAACACCGACGAGGUGAUGGCCGGGGCGCUCGCGGUGACCCCGAUGCGCCGCCUCGAACUCCAGCGUGCCAGCCUCGAGGACAUCUUCGUGAGCCUCGUGGACCUGGGCGAUUCCGAAGACUCCGUCCGCGUCAUCACCAUCGCGAUCCGCGAGUUCCUCGCGACCGCCGCGACGAAGGCGUUCAUCUUCGGCACGCUCGCGCUGCCGGCGAUCGGCGGGAUCAUGCUCCUGCUCAACGCCCUGGGCGCCUUCAAAACGAGCGAUCCGAAAGCGGAAGGCACAAUCCUCGUCGCGGACGGCACGGACACCGCGUUCGUCGCGAGCGGGCUCGAGGCGGCGUACUCGCCCGAGGCGAUCCGAGCGGCCCGCGAGGCGGUGAAAGAGAAAACGGAAGAGAUGCUCAAGAACAUCCCCAUCGGCGGGGAGAACGAGAAGGAGAUGAGCGCCGAGGUCGUUGCGAACCAGGCGGUGCCCUCGGUGCACAUCGAGCGGAUCGCGCCGGGCGACGACUUUGAGGCCGCGAAGUCACGCGUGAAGGACAACGCGGACGACGCGUUCCUCCUAUUCGUCGUGAGCGAGCGGUCCGUCGAGAUCCCGCCGACCGAUGCCGACCUCGACGGGUUGAGCGACGAUGAGCAGAGCAUCCUCAAAGCCCGCGGCGCGUUCGAGAUCUACCAGAACCAGGACACGCGCCCGCAGAUCGUUGAAAACGUGCGCCGGCAGGUGCAGGACCUGAUCGUCAACGAGCGCAUCGUCCGCGAGGGGCUGGACCCGGCGAGGAUCAGCGAGCUCCGCCGGUUCCCCACCGUCGAGGCGCGCACGCUCACCGACGCGGGCGAGGCGGAUUCGCAGAACAACCUCGCGCAGAUCCUCCCGUUUGUCUUCUUCAUGCUCCUCUGGAUCUCCGUGAUGUCCGGCGGGCAGUACCUGCUCAUGUCCACCAUCGAAGAGAAAUCCACCCGCGUGAUGGAAGUCCUGCUCUCCGCCAUCUCCCCGCGCGAGCUGCUCGUCGGCAAGAUCAUCGGCCAGGGCGCGGUCGGGCUGCUCAUCCUGCUCAUCUACGGCGGGAUGGGCGUCUUCGCCGCCGACCACUUCAACGUCCUCUCCCUCAUCCCCGCCCGCCUUCUCCUGAUGGCGCUCGUCUACUUCUUCAUCGCCUACGCUUUCUUCGCCUCGCUCAUGGCGGCCGCGGGCAGCGCGGUCUCGGACAUCCGCGAGGCCUCGGCGCUCACGAGCCCGAUCAUGAUGCUGCUCAUGCUCCCGUUCUUCCUCUGGGUGCCGAUCACCCAGAACCCGGAGGGGAUCAUCGCGGUCGUGACGAGCUUCAUCCCCCCGCUCACCCCCUUCGUGAUGGUCCUCCGCAUGUGCCAGCCGGGCGUGGAGAUCCCCAUGUGGGAGCUCAUCGCCACCACCGGCGUCGCCCUCCUGGGGGUGCUCAUCAUGGUGUACGCGGCCGUGAAGAUCUUUCGAGUCGGCGUCCUGAUGUACGGAAAACCGCCCUCUUUCGUGGGUCUGCUGAAGUGGAUCCGGUACGAUCCGAUCAUGGAAUGGUGGCAGGCGGUGAUCCUCGGCCUCGUCGAGGGCGUCACCGAGUACCUCCCGAUCUCGUCGACCGGGCACCUCAUCCUCGCGUCCGCGUUCCUCGGCCUCGACGGCGAGAACAUCUCCACGUCCGUCGACGCGUUCAACAUCAUCAUCCAGGGCGGCGCCAUCCUCGCCGUGCUCGCGCUGUACACGAGCCGCGUGCUCCAGAUGAUCCGCGGGAUCUUCGGGCGCGACGUCGCCGGCCGCCGCCUCGCGUUCAACAUCAUCAUCGCGUUCUUCCCCGCCGCGGUGCUCGGCGUGAUGUUCAACGAUUUCAUCGAGUCCUCGCUGUUCAAGCCGGUCCCGGUGAUCAUCGCGCUCGCGCUGGGCGGCGUGUGGAUGAUCUGGAUCGACCACCACAAGCUCAAGGCCCACCGCGACGAGUCGCCCGAGGAAGCGGUGACCGAGGGCAAGGGCAUCGAGGAGCUCACCGCGCGCGGGGCGCUCGCCAUCGGCCUCUUCCAGUGCGUCGCCAUGUGGCCCGGCACCUCGCGCUCCAUGAUGACCAUCGCCGGCGGCGCGCUCGUCGGCCUCAGGCCCAAGGACGCCGCGGAGUUCAGCUUCCUCCUCGGCCUGCCCACGCUCGGCGGGGCGUGCGUCUACAAGCUGGCGAAGAACCUUAAGGAAUCGCACGACGCCGGCGCGGAGAACCUCUUCGAGCAGCUCGGCGUGAUGCCGACGGUGCUCGGCAUCGCCGUCGCGACCGUCUCCGCGAUGCUCGCCGUGAACACGGGCUCAGCGCGUUCGGGUACUACCGCAUCGGCCUGGCGAUGGUGCUGGGGGCGCUGA